ACAAAAGUAUUAAUAUAAGUAACAUGUCCGACGCGGGAUCUGAAGAUUUUGAUGACGAACGUGGUUACCUCGGGGAAUAUGAAGGCGACAGAAAUGAAGCUGGAGAGAGGCAUGGUGUCGGGAGAGCUGUGCUACCCAACGGAGACACUUAUCAGGGCAUGUACGAGAAUGGCAAAAGGUCUGGACAGGGGACAUAUCGCUUUGCAAAUGGAGCCAGAUAUUUGGGAGACUAUUACCAGAAUGAGAAACAUGGACAAGGCACCUUCUACUACCCUGAUGGGUCCAAAUAUGAAGGGUCCUGGGUUAAAGACCUGCGGCAGGGUCAUGGUGUUUACACAUACCCAAAUGGGGACACCUAUGAUGGGGAGUGGCUGUGUCACAUGAGACACGGCCAGGGGAUAUACCACUACCAUGAGACUGGCUCAAAGUACAAAGGGUCGUGGGUGAAGGGCAAGAUGGAGUCAGCUGGAGAGAUAAUCCAUUUGAACCACAGAUAUCAGGGUAACUUUGUCAACAACAGUCCGUGUGGCCUCGGGAAGUAUGUGUUCAACAUUGGGUGUGAGCAGCAUGGUGAAUACCUUCAAAAGAGUGAGGAAGAGAUUGAAGGCAGCGAGGAUGAGGCUGACUCCACCAUGGUACUUAAGUGGAUCCCAAAGUGUGUCACACUUCAGACCCCAGAUCACAAGAAAGAAGCAGCCUCAGUAAGGGAGCCUUGCAGCUGACCUGAUUAUUUGUGCCCUGUGAUUCAGAUCUACAGUCCUCUCUGUUACGUUGCAGCCUUUCCUACACAAUUUUUUUUGCAGCGUUGCAAC